AUGCACUUGUUGUUUUUGUUGCUGCUGUUGCCAGCUGGAAAAGUGGCCGCUGGCCAAAGGCAGUUUGCUUAUGAGCGCGGCAAGUGUGAAAUUUCAAUAACCACCGUUUUAGAGGGCUUGGUCCAAACAAGCCUGAAAAGGCUGACCAAUUCGGCAAGGCCCAGAUCUCAAGCCAGCCUUUUGCAAUAUGAUCUCUAUACGCCGUAUAAUCCACAAGAGCGCCAGCUGCUGCGUCCGGGUGAUGUGAAUAUGCUAAAGAAUUCGUUUUUCAACGGCAAAUGGCCAGUCAGAGUCUCCAUACACGGCUGGACGGGCAAAAGCAACACCUGCUACAAUGCGGCUAUCAAGGAUGCGUAUUUGUGGCGUGGCAACUUCAAUGUCAUCAUCGUGGACUGGAGCCGCCAGGCAAUGGACAUUAACUACUAUCGUGUGUCGAAGCAACUACAAUCGAUUGCAGCCAGUAUUGCCAAAUUUCUGCGCUUCCUGCACGACAACACGGGCGUGCCCUACGAGCAAAUCUAUUUGGUGGGCCACAGUGCGGGCAGUCAUGUCGCCGGCCUAACUGGCAAACAGCUGCGACCCGCACGCCUGGGCGCCAUAUUUGCGCUAGAUCCAGCGGGUCUCACACAGCUUAGGCUGGGACCUGAGGAGCGACUGGCACCCACUGACGCCAUUUAUGUGGAGUCUAUACACACAGAUCUAAAGCUGCUGGGUAAUCCACAGGGCAAUCAACUCAGUCAGGCCGCCAUCUUUCCCAACUGGGGCCGCGGACAGCCGCAAUGUCCAAAUGCCACGGCCACCGAGUUUGACUUUGCCUGUGAUCAUUUUGCGGCCGUCUACUACUUUGCCGAGUCUGUGCGCCAGCCCAAUAUCUUUGGUGCGCUCCGCUGUAGCUCACUUCAGAGCAUACUAACAGCCACAUGUGGCUGCAACAGCAACGGCAAAUACACCAGUGAAGUGUAUUGUGCCGCCGAUGCAUAUAUGGGCGGUGAGCCGGCUGUGCCCAAGGCAGGUGUCUAUUACCUCAGCACAUUGGAGCAGCCGCCAUUCGGCAUUAUCGAUGGUCUAGUUCGCAUACGACCUCCAAAGCCGUCAACUAUUUUGAACACAAGAACAUAUCGAAGGCUUCUAUAAGAUGCAGCCAAAACAGAGGCGAAUAACCAAAAAGUAAUCUAUGAACUUAGUGUACAUCUAUAUAUAUAUAUAAAGGAGUUUGUCCUGACUGA